CGUUUUCCAAAAAAUCGGAGCGCUCAUGCCAUGACGAUGACGAUGAAGAUGGUGCUUGUGGUGAUGAAGAUAACGAGACGUAGAUGAGUGGUAUUAAUAGGAAGGCUUGUGUGUCUCAGCCUUUCACUGUCGAGGCCGGGGGGGCUUGGUGGAGAGUCCGCGGACCAGGUUGAGUCCGCUUCCGACCCUGACUGCGCACUUGGACAUUAACAAGAGCGAGGAAUCACCUUGAUAACAACAUGGAUGUGCUGGCUGCCCUCAAUUUGGGAGAUUUAGUUCAAGCUUUCUCCAAAAUGGGAAUGUUUCCAGUAUUUGAUGUGGCUUAUUACAUCGUGUCCAUCCUCUACCUCAAGUAUGAGCCAGGUUCGGUGGAGGUUUCUCGCAGGAGUCCCGUGGCCUCGUGGCUCUGUGCCAUGCUCUACUGCUUUGGGAGCUACAUUCUGGCUGACAUCAUGCUGGGAAGUAGCCCCCUUGACUAUUUUCAACACAACAGCCACAUCCUCCUCGCCUCUGCUAUCUGGUACCUCAUCUUCUACUGCCCACUCAACCUCUUCUACAAAUGCGUGGCUUUCAUGCCUGUCAAGUUAGUGUUGGUGGCCCUGAAGGAAGUAGUCCGCGCUCGCAAGAUUGCCGCCGGCGUCCACCACGCCCACCACGCCUACCACCACGGCUACUUCGUCAUGGUCAUCGUGGGUUAUGUCAAAGGCUCUGGAGUGGCUCUCAUUUCGAACUUUGAGCAGCUGCUGCGUGGCGUGUGGAGGCCUGAGACCAACGAGAUCCUCAAUAUGUCAUUCCCCACCAAAGCCAGCCUGUAUGGAGCCAUCCUCUUCACCAUGCAGGAGGCUCACUGGCUCCCCAUGUCCAGGAGCAUGCUCAUCAUUACCUUCACCCUCUUCAUGGCCACCAGCAAGGUGUGGCUGACCGCCUGCCAUUCUCACGGCUCCCCCUUCGCCCUGAUCGAGUCCUGGAUCUCCCAUCUGCUCUUCCGCUCGCCUUUGGGCGGCUCUGAGGAAGACCACCAUCACCCUCCAGCCGCCGCGGCCCCUUCGUCGCUCAAAAGCAAGGAGGAACUGAGUGAAGGCGUUCGAAAGAGGAAAGCCAAAAAAGCCGAGUAGACUGUCUGACAUGGGCUUCACUCAGACGGCGCUUCUUGGCUAAGAAGAAGAAAAGCUUUCACCAUCGAGACGCUUUCCGUCGGAGCCUAACGUUGCUCCGAGUGAUACAUUUACAUCUCCCAAGGACUGUAAAUACAACCAUCCACCUCUUAACCAUUUUAAAGCUAUUUUUCACCUUCCCAUCCGAGCUUGUCUGUGCGGUGGUCCACAUCGUGCUCAUUGUUGGAGUGUCAAUGGUUCUCUUCUGGUCCAUUUCGCUUGAUUCGGAACUGAAAGAAAAGUCCAUUUUAAUCAUCAGACAAAUGUGAAGAAAGUAUCAUGAGAUAAGAAAAAAAAACUUUUUACCUUGACGCUUAUGACUCAUGGAAGAAUUUGAAUAAAAGGAAGAAAAAUGUU